AUGGCCGUCCCCAACAUCAAGCUGAACAGCGGCUUUGAAAUGCCCCAAGUGGGCUUCGGUCUGUGGAAGGUUGACAACGACAUUGCCGCCGACACCGUCUACGAGGCCAUCAAGGCUGGAUACCGUCUGUUUGACGGCGCCUGCGACUACGGUAAUGAAGUCGAGUGUGGCCAGGGUGUUGCCCGCGCCAUCAAGGAGGGUCUCGUCAAGCGUGAGGAGCUCUUCAUUGUUUCCAAGCUCUGGAACACUUUCCACGAUGGCGAGCGCGUAGAGCCCAUCGUUAAGAAGCAGCUCGCCGACUGGGGUGUCGACUAUUUCGACCUCUACCUCAUCCACUUCCCCGUCGCCCUCGAGUACGUCGACCCCUCCGUCAGAUACCCUCCCGGCUGGCACUACGAUGGCAAGUCCGAGAUCCGCCCCUCCAAGGCCUCCAUCCAGGAGACCUGGACCGCCAUGGAGAGCCUCGUCGAGCACAAGCUCUCCAAGAGCAUCGGUGUCUCCAACUUCCAGGGCCAGCUCCUCUACGACCUCCUCCGCUACGCCAAGAUUCCUCCUGCUACACUGCAGAUCGAGCACCACCCCUACCUGGUCCAGCCUGACCUGAUCAAGCUGGCUGCCAACGAGGGCAUUGCCGUCACCGCCUACUCUUCGUUCGGCCCUGCCUCCUUCAAGGAGUUCAACAUGGAGCACGCCACCGACUUUGUCCCUCUCUUCGAGGAGCCGACUGUCACGGCCAUCGCCAAGAAGCACAACAAGGAGCCUUCCCAGGUGCUUCUCCGCUGGGCUACCCAGCGCGGUCUUGCUGUCAUCCCUAAGACCAGCCGCAAGCACGUCCUUGCCCAGAACCUGUCCGUCACCGACUUCGACCUUGAGCAGUCUGAGAUCGACAAGAUCAGCUCCCUUGACAGGAAGACCCGCUUCAACCAGCCCGCGAACUAUUUCCCCACUGAGAAGCUUUGGAUCUUUGGCUAA